GUUUUGCAUUGCCGCCGGUAUGCCAAAUCGGCCAAAUCAUAAUUAAAAUAGUCAAAUAAUAGUGUCAUAAUCAUAGUCAUGGGUACUAGCGUUGAAGAUGGUAGCGAGAUUCAGAAAUUGCUGCAAUCAGGGAACUUGACUGCCCAAGAGAGAGCGAGGUAUCUACACCAACAGAUGCAUGAGAAGCAUGCUGGACAUGAAUCCAUGCACGCCUGGAUGAUACUCAUCCUCCUCUUCACUGUGAUUGUCUCUCAGGUUCUGUUGGUGGAAUGGAAGAAACGAUACAACAGGUCUUAUCAGCGAGUGUCUCUAGUUGCACUAUGGAUUGUCCCACUUGCCAUUUCUGCCAAGAGCCACUGGAUGAGAUUCAUCGUCUCGUGGGUUUUGUUUACUUUGCUCACAUGCAUAGUCAUCUCCCGUGCAAUUCAGAAACCUAUCACAGGGAUGACACCCAGACUAGUAUACAAGUGGUUCUACUUCAUCUAUAUGUUGAGCUAUGCCCUAGGGGUCGUAGGUUAUGUGAUAGUCCUAUUGACUCUACUAGGAGUGAACUUAAUGUUUCGCACCCCACCUCAGUCUUGGAUGGACUGUGGCCUCUUGUGCCUCUUUUAUGGACUUUACUAUGGAGUGUUGGGCAGAGAUAUCUCAGAAAUAAUUACUGACAAGAUGGCUGCAACCAUCGGGUAUUACACAACAUCUGGAAUCCCAGACAGACAACUGGAGCCCAAUAUUUGUGCCGUCUGCGGAAAUGUUAUUCUAGUCCAAGACAACUCCACCGCUAUUGUUGAGAAAACAUACAACCUGACCUGUGGUCAUACGUUUCAUGAGUUCUGCAUACGUGGAUGGUGCAUCGUAGGAAAAAAACAGACGUGUCCUUACUGCAAAGAGAAAGUGGACCUCAAGAGAAUGUUUUGUAAUCCCUGGGAGAAACCACAUGUCUUCUAUGGCAGCCUUCUGGACUUUAUCAGGUAUUUGGUAGCAUGGCAGCCAGUCAUCUUCUUUGCUGUGCAGAUGCUCAACUAUGUGCUUGGCCUUGAGUAAUUCCCUUUGAGAACAGAACUUUGGACACAUCUAUGAGCCAGGGGCUCGACGAAUGCGUGUCGAAAAGCAUGUAGAUGGCAAACAUUUUAUUAUUAUUAUAAGGCUGGUCUUGUACAAUCACCCAAACAAAUAACAAUUCAGUCGAUUGAAUGUUCAUCUCAUUUUAAUGAGUCCAGGUCAAGUGGUAGGCAAAAAGAAGAACCACUUUCCAGUUUGUUAUUUCCUGUGUGUAUUUUUAAUUUAUAUACUGAGUCUGAGGAUUAUGGCUAGUAAAAGCAAAGAAAAUCUCUUUGUUAAACAUGAUUUAACUUAGGCUUUUAGAGUCAUCAUUAAGUUGAAAGUCAGAAAAUACUGCCAUUCAUUUUUGAGUGCUAACAAUGCUUUAAAACCAGCUCAGGCUUUACUUACACAAAAUAGUAUGCAUGCCCUCAUUAUGCCAUUUGAGUGUUUAUUAUGUGUCAUUCAUUCCUUUCAUGAAAAAGAUAUUUUAAUAUUGAGAUAAAAUUUCCUCUUAUCGAUGUUGUCUUCCUUUUGUAUUGAUAAAAUAUGUCAUCUUUCUCCCUCAAUAAAACCAAAAAUUAACUAUGGUUCCAUACAGAUUUUUCAACUGUCCAACCCUGUCAUCUGUUUUGAGUCUUCUAAGAUCCAUAUUUGCAGAAGGUGCGAUCCUGGGCAUAGCAGCUCUGCUGACACAUCUUUCAAACUUACUACAAAAAAUAUUGGCUAUUAAAAUGUCAUGGUCUCACUUGAUCAGACUGCAAAAAAUUAACAUUUGUAUGAUUUUACAAAAUGUUAAACAUUUUAUUCUUUGCAACUUUACAGUACCAAUGUCGUUUCUAGAAUAUUUUUCCUAGCACCCAAGGAAUUACAAAAAAAUAUUGAAAAUUCUGUUUUUAGCUUCUCCGUUCAAAAUUUUUGUUUUUUAGAUUUAUGUAUAAAAUUAUCUCUCUUUUCUCUCAUAGAAAUGUAACAUUGAAUAUGGCUGAUGCUCAAGUUGGUUGUAUGUCACAAUCUUAAUGCCACUUUUCAGUACUGAAGAUAGGAUUCGGUCCUUAAAAAAAAUCCAUCCACUGAAAGAUGGAAUUUUGUCUUCAGUACUGAAAAGUGGCACUUAUGAUAACAAUUUGUUACAUAUAUAUAUAUUGUAAUAUCUAUUCAUAGGUAUCGGUGUAUUUCAUGUAUCUAUUCAUAGAGUUGCUCAUCAUUAAAUUACCCACUAUAGAAAGUCAAGCUAGACAAUUAAAAUACAGUUCCUUUUCUGUUUUUCUGUUUCUUCUUUUUAUGUGGUCUAUAUUUUGCAAAAUUGAAUGUCUCUGUAUUGUUAGCGUAAAGUAAUAUUAGCCAAGUAACUUUGUGCAGAGACAUGCUAUUUGACUUGGGUGUAACUUUGUAUGAGAACAGCUUUAGUGUAAAUGUGUACAUAUUUAUAUGUGUUUGACUCUUUGUACUUGGAAUAUCUCUUAUCUUUUUUACUGGAGCUGUUUUGCUUCUACUGAAAAUAGAUCUUCUAUUGGAAAGUUCAUUAUACCUGGGAGCUCUUCCAAUUACUUGCAAUUUGUAGUUCAAAGAGGUAGCCUUAAUUGAAUUAUUUUUUAUAUAAAUCAUUAUGCCCUGUACAAACUGUAAGUUAAUUUAUUUGUAAAACAGCAUCAGAAUCUUAUGCUAAAAUGCAACUCGAAAUUAAAAAAGCAUACAUCAAUAAAAAAGUGAAGCAAAUAGUUAUUUAAAAGUUGCCAAGUACCCCUCUUCAUCAGUACAAAAUGCUAAAUGAAUCUUUAUACAUGAUUUAUAAUUUGGAGAAAAGGAUGUUUUAUCUCCUUUUUGAAAUAUUGUAACAUAAUUAAAAAUAUUAGAAUUAUAAAUAAAAGUUAUGAAAUAGCAAUAAAUUAUCUCAACUUAGCAUGCAUAACUUUAUUAUCUUAUGACUAACUUAAACGGGAAAAAAAGUUUACAUACUUAAAUGCUUUCUCUUUGGUACUGCGAGUACCCAUACAAGACUGCCACAUAAUAACACACACACGAGGAAAAAUGAUAUUCAUACCACAGGUGUUAAAUAGUGAUGUUCCGGAUAUCCGAGGAAAAAUAAAGAUCUGUAUCCGUAUUUUAAACGGAUCAUUUCUAUUCUAAAAAUUUUUAAAUAUUUGAAUAAAAGACUCUUAAAUUCCAUUUAAAUAAGGUUUUAUUCCCUAGUUAAAUUAUAAGGUAUCACUUCAGAAGCCAAUUUGUAUCCCCCCCCCCUCGUUGCAAAAAAGGAAAGGGAAAUAAGUUUUAAAAAUGUGUAUUUUUGUGGCAUCGUAGUUCCUAAACAGAUGAACGAAUUUUGAUAGUUCAUUUUUUGUUCAAAAGGUGACUUGAUCGAAAGUGUUUUUAGCUUGGCCUCAUUUUUAUAGAACUUUAAUUACCGGAGAUAUUAAUUAAAAACUGACUUAACGUUUUUCAUAAUUAUGGUAGUAAAAAUUUACCCGUACGUUAAAAAUGUUGGCCCUAAUUGAAAGAACGAAGUUUUCUGCGUUUGAUAUUUAUUUGAAACUUUCAUCUUAUAUACAGUGGGAGCUAUAAUCUUGUUAAGUAAAUUUUAAAUGCAAUUCUAAGCCAUUAUACGCGUGAUUGGUAGAGAUUUCAUAGUUGGAAAAUAAGGAGAAAAAACUCAAUGAUAUUUAAAAUUUCUACCUGCUGUCAGUUCAUAUGUGUUACCAAAUGUAUAAUCUGACCUGUGAAAUUCAUCUUAAUAUGAGGUCGGCUCUCUGUGACAUGUUUUGUUUUUUUAAUUUUUAAUUUAAUAUUAGUUUUUGUUAUUGAUUUGGGGCUUCUGUUGUUUUUCUCAGCAUCCUUCAAAAAAAGUGAGACUAAAUUCUUUAUUUACUGUUUGUAAAGGCGUUCCCGACUCUGUAUUUCGUCGGUCGGAAUAAGUUUGGUGGAAUGGGUCAGCGCUGUAUUUAUGCUGAAAUAAAAUGCGACAAAUUAUUUCUACCCUGUCCAGUACAAGCUUUACACUCUUGCUCCUGUACCCUACAUCUACCGUAGUACCGUAAGCUAGAAAUAAUUUUUCACAUUCCAUCUAAUCAUUAAUACAGCGCUGGCCCAUUCCUUCCAACUCGCCCUCAAUUUUAACGGAGAUUUCUUUAAAGAGUAAAUCAUAGUCUUGAUGAUACUUUUGCCGCAGUUGACAUUUUUUGAAGAAACUGCCAUUAUUCUGACGGGAAUACCUUCCGUAACAAAUUUUACACUUGGAUAGUUGAAUUGGGUAAAAAUUUUUGAGAUCCGUAUCCGCGGAUCUUGACACUAAUGAUCCUUAUCCGCAGAUCUACUUUUUUUAUGAUCCGGCACAUCACUAGUGUUAAAUAAUUUGAAGCUGCUUUUGUGGUACUUCUCAGACGACGUAUACUUUAUAAGGGAAAUUGUUUGUUCAUGAUUUGUAACUUGCACUGUCUUUAACUUUUGGGAGAAUUUAGUACCUUUUAAGUACUAAACAUAUUUUAAUUUACAUUAUUUUUUAAAAGUUAUCCCAUAUUGUAACAUACUAUUAGAUGUUCCAUAUUUCAUACAAUUAUCAUAUUAAGCAUGAAAUCAAAUUUUGUUUUUAUUAUUUAUUAUUAUUAUGGUUUUAGUUUCAAUUGAAGUACAAAGGAAUCAGUCUUCUGGGAUUCAUUUUACAAAGAAGAUUUAGAACUCACUGAAUCUCCAAUUAUUUCUCUAGUCAUGUGAGAAAUCUUGCUUCUUUUUAUAUGAAACUUUUAGUUCUUAGAAAAAAUGUACUGUGUCAAUGAAACCAUUGUUCAUGUGUCAUCAUUUCAGUCCUAGUUCAAAGUUUUAAUAAAGAUGCUGAAAAUUUUCAAGUUCAGAACAGUAAAUAUAUUGGACCAAUCCUAUAAUCUGGAAAUUUCCAGCCUACAUCUUAAAGAAAAUCAGGAGUUUUGAAAAAUUCACCAUUGAAAAUGCCCCAUAUCAUGUAUUAAAAAAUUUGGGAGUAUUUUAUACCAUUUCCAUUUUGCAUUUUAAAAAAAUCAUUGCAAUAAAUGAAAAGUAUCCAAGGAAAUGUUUCUGCAGAGUGCCUGUUAUUGAUUGAAUGUUUUGUUCUGUUAAGAGAAACUUUUUCUGCAGCUGUCCAUCAAGAGAUCCAAGAAAGUAUGAGUCAUGCACUCAUGUUCCUCCAUGAUCAUUGUUUCUUAUUUGAGAUUAUGUAUAUGAAAGAAAUAUUAAAGAACUUAUUUUCCAAUUUCUGUUUUCAUUUGUUUUAUUUUCUUUUUUUCCUUCUUUACUGAAGUUAUACAAAUGCUUAUUUUUCCAAUCCACUAUAAUCAUAGAAUGGUGGUUAAAUUUUGGCUGUACAUAUGCAAGUGGUUCUGACCACUCCACUACUGCUUAGCAACUGCACCAGUCUAAACAUGCGAACUUGUUAAAACAUGUGCUUAAACUUCACCAUGAUGUGACAAAAAAUGCUGAAUAUAAAACCCACUCUCUUCUUAUUUGGCCACUACUUUUUCCUCAUGUUGACAGCCAGUUUCUGCC